UUAUAUAUUCAUUCAUUUCUUCAAUCAUUCUACUCUGGUCUGUACGAUCAACCCUCCACGGAAAACCAGGAUGUAUCAGUGAAGGUUGUGGACAAAAAACAAGUAAACUAUGGAGACGACCUUGAAGUUGAAGUUGACUUUGAGAACCUGUCCAAGGAGGAGCGUACAGUGGGUGGAACUUUGAGUCUACAGAGUCACUACAAGACUGGAGUGUUUGCUCAUAGGAUCAGAUCUGAGAAGAUCUACAUAACCCUCAGCCCAGCACAGAAGGUUUCCAAGAAGAUACGUAUAGACUUCGACGAAUACGAUAAGAAAACAAUGGAGGGCUGUUACUUCAAGACGUUGUGUGUCUGUGCGGUCAAAAAGACACAUCAAACCUCUUCUGAGGAUGACGACUUCCGACUCAUCAAACCAGACCUUGACUUGAAGGGGAAUCUCAACCCAAGGGACGAUUGUUAA